CAGCUGUUGCCGGCCGCUUGUUGCUCACGAAAUUAAAGGCGCAAUUUCCACAAAACGAUGUGAAACCAAAAUAAAGUAUUCUCUAAAAAAUCAUGAGUAAUUCAACGCGUGCCUUUGUUGGCAUGCAAAACAAAUACGACCGUGUGGUCUUGCUGGUGGACAUGGAUUGCUUUUUCUGCCAAGUCGAGGAGAAACAACAGCCCGAGUAUCAAGGCAAGCCUCUGGCCGUGGUGCAAUACAAUCCUUGGCGCGGAGGCGGCAUUAUAGCUGUCAAUUAUGCGGCACGUGCUAAAGGCGUGACACGCCACAUGCGCGGCGACGAGGCCAAGGAGCUGUGUCACGACAUAAUCCUCUGCCAGGUGCCCAACAUUAGAGAAAAGGCAGAUACAGGCAAAUAUCGGGAUGCUGGCAAAGAGGUAGCAAAUGUGCUGCAGCGUUUCACCAACCUGCUGGAACGCGCCUCUGUCGACGAGGCCUAUCUGGACAUCACAGAGACAGUCAAUCAACGCGUGGAGCAACUGCAGGCGGGCUCCUUUGCACUGAAACCACAGGAGCUGAUCAAUUGCCAUGCUGUUGGCUAUGAGAACAUUGGCGACUAUGUCAAUAAGAUAACAAAUCGAUUUGCCAAUCCCUAUGUCGAUGAUGAGCGUUAUAUGCUGGCAUACGAUCCCAACGACUUGCCCGCUGUGCGCCAGAGCGACUUGCGUCUGUUGAUUGGGGCCUGCAUUGCGGGCGAAGUGCGUGCAGCCGUAAAAGCAGAGACUGGCUAUGAAUGCUCAGCGGGCAUUGCCCACAACAAAAUACUCGCCAAGCUGGCGGCGGGUAUGAACAAGCCCAACAAACAGACGAUUUUACCGCUGGCGGAGAUACCUGCGCUCUUUGACCAGCUGCCCGUAGGCAAGAUCAAGGGAUUGGGCGGGAAAUUCGGUGAGAUGGUCUGCGAGACGCUGGGCGUUAAAUUUCUGGGCCAGGUACUCAAAUAUAGCGAAAAAGAGCUGCAUCGCAAGCUGGACGAAAAGAAUGGCUCCUGGUUGCAUAAUAUUGCACGUGGCAUCGACUUGGAGGCGGUUACGCCCCGAUUUUACUCCAAGAGCAUUGGCUGCUGCAAGAAAUUUCCCGGCCGCAACAACAUAACAGGUCUCAAGACACUGCAACACUGGCUAGGCGAGUUGGCCAGCGAGAUAAACGAUCGCCUGGAAAAGGAUUUCAUAGAAAACAAUCGCAAGGCAAAGCAAAUGGUUGUGCAGUACGUGCAGGACGUCGAUGGUCAGGAGGUGGCCAGCUCCCGUUCCACGCCACUCAAUCAUUGUGACCAGGAGACGCUGGCUAAGCAAGCCCUGGAGCUAAUCAAGACCAAUACAAAAACCUUUCUACGUGCGGGCAGCGAGGCAGCGCUUAAUAAUGCCAUCAAAUUUCUGGGCAUCAGUGUGGGCAAAUUCGAAACGGCAUCCAAUGCGCAAAACAGCCUGCAAACCAUGUUUGCCAAUCAGGCGGCCAAAAAGCGUCGCAUCAGCGUUGAGGAUGGUGUAGAAAAGUCAAGUCUGCCACAAAAGCCAAAGCAAACUGAAGAGGCUAAAAUGAAGAACUUCUUUGAAAAUUACUUGCAAGCGCACAAAGAUGAACAAAAUGUAAAAGAUAAUUUAGAAACGAAUGCAAAUACAGCAGAAAUCAAUGCAAAACUAGUGACUGAGGCAGAAGAACCUGUUGUAGAAACUAGGCCCCCAAAAGGAGCAGCAAUAUCACCGAAGAAAAGUUUCUUUGAAGCAUACAAGCGCAAGUUGAUUGAUGUCACUGUUGCAGAAGAGUCCAGCGACGACAAGGCAGCGCCUACUGCCACACCGCCUGAAUUUAAGGAAAGCUUCUUUGCCAGUUAUCUGCAACAGCAAAAGGAAGUAAGCAAAAAUGUGGAGCAAUCAAAUGAGCUAACAGCUGAUACCAGCGAUUCAUCUGACAUGCAGGGCUUGGCCGCAGAACUGGAUGAGAUAGAAUCAAGCAUCACAAAUCUACAGCAACCAGAUCCUGAUCAGCCCUCCACAUCAAAACGGAAAUUAGAGCAUGACAAUUCCAAGGAACUACCGGCGAGCAACGACUUUACAAGCACGUAUGCUGAGUACGCACAGCCCGAGCUGCGUGCAGAUCUUAUUAGCUUGGUCAAGUGCGAUGAGUGUGGCGCUCAAAUACCGGACGAUGUUAAGGCAUUGCAAACCCAUCGGGAUCAUCACUAUGCGCAGCAAUUAAGCCGUCAACUUCGCGUUGAACAGCGCGAGGAAAUGCAACGUAGUCGCCUAAAUGAUACAACAGCGUCGUUUGUCUCGCCCACGACAAAGACAGCGCCAGCGAAGAAGGGUAAAAAGGUGGGCGGAACCGCCACAACAACGGCCCCGAAGCCCAUCAACAGCAUUACCAAAUUUUUGGCACCCAAGCAGCCGCUGGAACCGCCUCCCAGCUGCAGCAGUUCACCCAUGGAGAUCUGCGCCGAAUGCAAAACGUACAUUAAAACUGUGGAUAUGCCAGAGCAUUUGGAUUUCCAUAUGGCCAAAAAGCUACAGCGUGAACUCAACCAACUGGAGGUGCGCACAAUAAAUACCUCAGCUAACAAGAAGACAACAUCGCCUCCCACCAAGAAGCAGCUUAACAGUACCCUAAAUUCUACAGGCGCUAAUAAUUCCAUUACCAAGUUCUUUACCCAAAGCAGUUGA